CCCGGAAUUCGAGCUCGCUGCAAAGGCGUUUAUUUGUAAAUACAACGCUGCUGGUCUUUCGGGUCUGAUUGCUGCUCAACACCGAGGAUGGGAGUGGAAAAAUCAUCCUCUCGUACCAGGAUAUGGCUACAUGUUUCGAACUGUCCACCUUUUUACGCGCGCACGACAUAGCGCCCUAGAUGACGCGGACGAGGACUUGCUGCCCGAAACCGAUGAGGAACCCGACGACACAGAAUCCUCUGCGUCUCCGGCGCUUGAUCACCUAGUUUGCAAUCAAAGUGUCGUGUUCUCGCCAACGUUUCAAGUACCUGCAUUUUACUUCACUAUUCAUGAUUCAACCGGCUCCCCACUUCCCCUUGCCGACAUUCUGAAAUCCAGCCUCUUUCGCCGCCACUCGUUUCCAGAGAAUUCGGCCACGACGUCCUUCGCCCUCAGCCUGCCCGACCAGAACUUGCCCCUCCUGUCGCAGGGUGACCAUCCGACACUGGGAACGCCGUCAUGGUAUAUUCAUCCCUGCGAGACGGCCUCGGCCAUCGCCGAGCUGACGGAGGAGAUCAAUUCAGAAAGCACGAUGAGUGAGCAGGAGAUGUCAGAAGAGGUCAGCAUGGUUAGAUGGAUGGAAGUCUGGUUUAUGGUAUUGGGCAGUACGGUCGACCUGCAUUCGUAGUACAAAUUCGAACUGUUCUUUCUCUCGC